UCUCCAAGUAUGUGUACCAUGGAAGACAUGAUGAUCAACAACAAACCCACAUGUUCUCCAACCACUAAACCCUUCACCAUGCACAAAGACUCUCGUAUCAUCUCCAAAAUCAAACCCAAGAUUCGCAUCAUUCACAUCUUCGCACCAGAAAUCAUCAAAACCGACGUAGCAAACUUCAGGGAUUUGGUUCAAAGGCUCACCGGAAAACCAGCCGAGAAGAAGAAACUCAAGACGACCAAGAGAACAGAAACGCAGAAGAGAUCGAGCUUUUCGUUGGCGGCAGCUGGGGCUGAGGUGACGAGGGAGAAGAUCAAAGGGGAGGAGGAGAUUUGGGUAGGAGCUAAUUCCGGCGGUGGGUUCUUGGGUGGAUUUGGUGAUCUGGAUGGGUUCAUGCAAGAACUUAACCAUCACCAAAAUCAUGGCUUUUCACCAGUUCUUCAAAAUCUGGAGGCACCCACUUUGGUUAAUUCUCAUUUGGAUUAUGGGUUUGGAGAAAGAUCGUUGAAUUUGCCUACCUACAGCUAAUGCUAAUCCAUUUUCUUUCGGUUUCUAGGUUAUUAAUUAAUUAUUAAUUAUAUCUAAUCUUUGAUUAAUUCUUGGCUAA